UUUGUCACCUUUGGCUUACCAUACAUACAAAGUUUGAUCUUGCAACACAACAAGCCCCCUCGACCGGCGGCUUCGCAGCAGGAAUUAAGCAGGACCUCUGCCGCCGCUGACAUGACCACCGGGAAGCCACGGAGCAUGCUCCGAGAAGCUUCUCAUCAGAUCAUAGCUGGUGGAUCAGCUGGUCUGGUGGAGAUCUGCUUGAUGCAUCCACUUGAUGUAGUAAAAACAAGGUUUCAAAUCCAGCGAGGAACUAGUGACCCCACAAGCUACAAGAGUCUAGGAGACUGCUUCAGGACAAUCUUCUACAAGGAAGGAAUCUUUGGCUUCUACAAGGGAAUCCUGCCUCCGAUUCUGGCGGAGACCCCAAAACGAGCAGUGAAGUUCUUCACCUUCGAGCAGUACAAGAAGUUGCUGAAUUUGACCCCGUUGUCACCUGGUUUGGCGCUGUCGGUGGCAGGCCUCGGCUCAGGCUUGACUGAGGCCGUCGUUGUCAACCCCUUCGAAGUGGUCAAAGUCAGCCUCCAAGCCAACAGAGAGUCCUUCAAAGAGCAACCCUCCGCUUUUGCCCAGGCGAGACGCAUAAUCAGGUCAGAUGGCUUCGGGCUGAGAGGCCUGAAUAAAGGAUUGACCUCAACGCUGGGACGCCACGGGGUCUUCAACAUGAUUUACUUUGGCUUCUAUUUCAAUGUCAAAGAUGCUCUUCCCACCAGCUCGGACCCGACGUUGGAGUUCCUCAGAAAGUUUACUAUUGGGCUAACGUCUGGGACCAUCUCCUCCUGUGUAAAUAUCCCCUUUGACGUAGCCAAGAGCCGCAUUCAAGGACCCCAGCCAGUGCUGGGAGAGAUCAAGUACCGCACCUGCUUCCAGACCAUGGCCCUGGUGUAUCGUGAGGAGGGGUAUCUGGCGCUGUACAAAGGACUGGUUCCCAAGAUAAUGAGACUUGGACCAGGUGGAGCCGUGAUGCUGCUGGUGUACGAACACGUGUCCGGAUGGCUGCAGAGGAACUGGUGACGAUGGGAGAAAAGAGGAAAGGAAAUGCUCCGUGUCUCCUCUCAGUCGUGCCUUUUGGUCUAUUUUUAACCGACCUCAGUGACAUCAGACCAAAUUAGUGUUCUUUAGGUUUUUACGGUCAGUGCAAGAAAUGUAGGAAAACUGGAAUUUCUUUUUAAUUCAAAUUAGAAAUUAUUUAAAGAAUGAUCAAAUGUUGUUAUAAUGAAAAUGUUCUGAUGCUGUAAAAAUACAUCAAAGUGUUUUGUUUUAAAACUUUAAAAAGCCAAAAUAAAUCUAUAAAAGUCACGUUAGAUGACAAAAUACUUUUUUGGAACCACUUGGCACUAAAUCAGCCCGUAGACAGAGCCGAGCUGCUCAGUCGCCCACCGCUCCUUUAUCAGCGUGAAGACGUAAAGCCAGGAUGACCGGUAGUGACCCAUGUCCAAAUGGCGUUUUCCGAAAAGUCUCCAAACGUUUGUGAGGGUUCUCCGUUUUCUCACACAGGUUCCAGGGUUUUACUAGAAGGAAAAUGUCAAUGUCCUCUUAAAAUAGUCUUUGGCUUCUGGAAUCCAUUUUUAACCCUUUCCAGCAUCAAAAAAAUGUGAGAGUUUUGUGAGGGGUUGGAAACCAAAUAAAAGAUUCAUUCCUUGAAUAAAA